UGAUGAUCCAUUCGCAACAAAAACUAGUCUAUUUCGGUCUCUAAUCCCCAAACAACAUGUUUGUGUUCUCCAAACAAAUCGGAGAUAAUUCCACCACCAGCAAGAAUAUCGGUAAAAUUGUGAGGCAGAUGUUGUGAUGAGUGAAACAUUAAGUAGGGGGUGUUCGUACAGUCCACCCGCUGAUUCGGGGGAUUACACGGCCCUCCAGUUUGCUGCCAGGAGAGGGUCCAUUGAACAAAUCAAAUACUUGAUAGAGAGUGGUGCAGAUUUAGAUGCUGGACCGGACCCGGCCCUUCACUUAGCCCUCCGGAAACAGAACACCAUAAUCGCUCACCUUUUGCUACAAGCGGGUGCGGAUUUCGAGACCGGAGAUUCGCAUGGAGACUAUCCUAUCCACAUAGCAUGUACUCUAGGCCUCUUAGAUAUUGUGCAUACCCUCUGCUCCUUAGGAUGUAGUGUAGAAGUGCCGAAUCAAAAGGGACUCUUCCCGCUGCAUUUGGCCGCCAAAAACGGACACAUUUCUGUUGUGAGAUGUUUGUGUGCGGCGGGUUGCAAUACGGAAAUCCGCAAUUCGGACAAUAUAAGAGCGGAUAUAACCGCUUUGAAAUACGGCCACAAUGACAUCGCCGAACUGUUGGACCGCCUCAGGGUGACGGGACAAAGAGAUUCCUUCGCGCGACAACUAGUGCCGACGUCCAAAACAGCCCUGAGAUUAUCCCUGAGGCUAUUGGGACAUUGCGGCGUCGGAAAAACAGCUUUGAUCAAGAGUCUUGGAGCUGGACUGUUCAGCAGUUUGUUCAGGAGAAGCAGCUCUUUGACCAGCAAUAAAUCGAGGCCUUCGUCACCGAUCAACACCCAAAUAGAGAUGGAUGUAACUUCUCGACAAAACUCGUUGAGUUUCGAAAGUCCCGCAAACUACCAAUCAACUAACGGAAUCCAUGUACAAAAUAUGUGCAUAUCAAAUGUUGGUGAAUUAACAGUGUACGAAUUCUCAGGCCAGGAGAGUUAUUUUUCGGUGUACCACCACUUUUUAUGGCCCUCGCCUUAUUCAUUGACUGCUAUUUUGUUCAGUUUGGAAGAUCCACCUUCAACUCAAGUACAACAAGUUUGUUUUUGGUUGAACUUCCUCUUAGCUCGACAAUCCGCCGAUUUACCGACAUCCGAGUGUGGUCAGAUAGUACUUGUAGCAACUCACGUAGACUUAACUAGAGCAAUCAAAACGCAAAAUGGCGAAUGGAUUAGUUCAGACGCUCAGAAAACAUUGGAGGUGGUUAGAAAAAUGUUACCCCACGUUCCCAAUUUAAUGUCACAUGCUGUUGUCAUGGAUUCUAACGUUCCUGCAUCAUACGCCUUUAAACAACUGAAAUCCGUGCUUUCCGCAAUGAAACAAGACUGCAUACAGCAAACGAUCGGAACGUGGACAGGACUUUUGGAAUCUACUUUAUCUUGGUUGGGAACGCUCCAAAAAGAUUACGAACAAUUCCCUGUUUUAACUAGGCAAGUUUUUGCCGAUGUUUUGAGGAGUCACGUCAAUUUAUUAGCAUCUGAUGAUCAUAUUCACGAACUACUACAACAAUUACAUUCCAUGGGAGAAGUGUUUUGUAUACAUGAUUUGGUUGUAGUAUCUGUCCCGUGGUUAGGGACACAACUAAUAGGUGAACUUUUGUCCUCCCAAUUUUUGGAGCACGCAAGAGUGACGGGAGUUUACACUACCGACGACUUCCAAGCCAGUUACAAUGAGUGCGACGCACUUGGAGUUUUGGAUUUGUUAGAGGCAUUAGAUGUUUGCAUACAGUGCGACUUGGAUGGCGAAAUAGAAUACGAAUUUCCAGUGUACAAUCAUACGGAAACUCUUGACGGCCUGUGGGAUGAACGGGACCCGCGAUAUGUGAAGGAAAAUUCUUUAUAUGGAGGUGUCCGACUAUACACUGCUCCGGGAACCUUGCAUUUGUUUAAGUCAGUUUUCCCACACAUUCAAGUGGAAUUGAGGAGAUUGUUUCUGCAGUUGUACAGUAAUAAUGAUACAGAUACGGACUUGUACCAGUGGUACAUGGGUUCGAAACUGUGCAACAACGAGUUAGAAAGUCUUAUCACUUUAGACGAGAACGAAGUUGCAGCUCAAUUCGUCGAAAUCAAAAUUAGGGGACCAACUCAAACUUCCGAGCAGUGUUUUUACUUUCUGAAUAAUAUUUUACGUACUAUUGAUAUGGCUUUAUUAAGAGUGUGUCCAGGAUUGCUGAUUGAAAAGCACAUCAUAAGUUCCACAGACUUAAAAAACCAUCUAGAUCAACCGUUUUGUUACGAGCCUCAAAUCGUUACAACAUCAAUGUUGGAGGCCGAAUCAACCGUAGACGUAACUCUUUUAAACACCAACCUAGGCAAAUACGAAACUGUGGUUGAACUAAUCAUGUUUGACAAUAUCAAUUUGUCAUCAAAUAUUCAUUGGGGCUGCGCCUUGAAGGUGCAAGAUUUGCCUGCGCCGGUGAAAUUGAAGCUGUGUGGUCUGUUGGAUCCGCCCGAGAGACACGGAAGGGAUUGGUGUCUUCUGGCAUUGAGAUUGGGGCUUUGUCAGGAGAAAAUUGCGGCACUCGAUUCGCAACAUUCCAGUCACACCAUGAGACUACUAACCACUGCUGAUUGUACUAUUGGGGCGUUGAUAUCUAGCUUGCACGAAUUGGAUCGUUUGGAUGCUGCGGAGGUUGUGCUCAGAUCUGCGCCUUUAUUUAAAAUAAUAGACAAUACAGAUUGAGAGUUUUGGUAGUUGAUUAGCAUCAUAAAUCAUUCAAUUUUAUUCAAUUUUGGGAUACAAUAAUUCAAUUAAUUCAAAUUUGCACUACAAAAUAAUACAUAGACAAAUUCCAACAUAUCUGAAGGUUUUACAAUAGAAAUGGUAUUCUGAUUUUACAAAAACAAAUCCCUUGUGAUCAUCUUGGCUAAUUUAUACGUUGUUUGAAGUUAAUUCUUAGACUAUAGUGUAAACUUUAUACACAUUAUUAUAAGGUAUUUUACAUGAAGUAUUAUAAAAUUGUGUCAAAUUUCAUUAUAAUAUGCACAAAUUAUUGCUUUUAAACUAAAUAUACCGUCCUAUUUGCUAUGAAA